UCGAAGCAUUCCAAUUAUCCCCGAGGUGUGCUGAGAGGACGUGAAGGUGACUUUCCUCCCAGGGUUGACCACAUCCCAAAUUCAUGAGUUAUCUAUUUCACAUGUGAAAACACAUCGAGCGCCACCAAUUGGCCGCAUGGGUGUGUUCCGAGACUUUGUCGAUGCCCAUGAGCGGCUAAAGAAGCGCAUCCACAGCACGCGCAUCCCGUUAGGUCCCAAAGGAAAGGCGGUGAUGACGGCUGUCUACUUUACCACGCCCAUCGUGUGCGGGUAUUUUGUCAUGCAGUGGGCGCAAUCCAAGGCCGAAGUGAACCUAAAAGACGUGACGCUGACCACACGAAACCCGUCGUCGUUCCAGAACGACAGUAUCAAGCAAUUACUCAAGGACAUUCACAAUGAAGACGAGGCUUCGAAUGGGGGAGUGCCGCCCAGUAGCUCGUAGCAGCCUCGUGAAGUACAAGCUCAUUUUCCCAUCAUUUCGCAAUGCCAUGUUGAUUUGUCGCCAUUUGCGCUGCAUUAAGACUGUAGUGUGCAUUCGUUUGGUUCUCCCGUGAGCGAAGUACAUAUUGUCGUAGCGCUAUG